AUGACUGAAAGGUUGUUAGUAAGAGCAUUGAAGGGUGGUGAAAACACUAAGAUCGUUACCUUGAAUGGGAAGAAGAUAACGAAGAUGCCCUCAACAUUAGAUAAAUUGCCUGGCCUGAAGACUCUAGUUCUUCAGAAUAACCGAAUCUCCAAGGUGUGCCCUGAGAUAAGCACCUUGACCCAGUUUCAGAAUCUGAAGCUGAAGGAAUUCUACUGUGAAGCAAACCCACUGUUCCUGAAGCAGCCCGUUAAUGCUGUGCAACAAGAGGACGCCUGGAGUCUACAGGAAAUAACAUCAAGAUUUAUAAUGAAUGAGCUAGCAGGAAAGAAUCCUUUCAUAAUGCACGUCAUAGAACAGCACCCACAGGUCAGGAACAUAAUCUCUCAGAGAAGAAAAUGCGCAAUAUGUGGAAAGUACUUUUUAACAAUAUGGCUGGAAUGUGUUGAAUUUGUUCCUCCACCAAAGAACUGGAAGAUAAGCAGAAAUCUACAGCUGGUACCUCUUCAGAUAUUAAUUUGUUCUUACAAAUGUUUUAAUCAACGUGGCCCUAACCUCUUUGGAAUUGCUCAAGUGUAGAGCCCGUGAGCAGCUCAUUUAGAGCCUCACAUGACUUGCCCCAUCAGCUUUGCACAGUGUCAGCUUAUGCCCUACUGAGGAUACCAUGCUGUCUCUCUUCUCUUUGCCGGUACAUUAAGCAAAGGAAGA